GCUAAGCCAACAGCAGGUAGCAUGUGGUUGCUAUUCACUUUAAGUAAAUUCUACAUUCAGAUCUGCAAGACCUACUGAAACUGUCUUAUAUUUCUGCACCUAGGUAAUGAGACCUUCAGAGAAAAUUGUGAAGAACAUCGAUUUCUUACUUUCUUGAAAGAGGAAUUUGCAGUUGUUUCCUAUCUACCUUCCUUUCAAUACAAGCAGAAAACUUGCCUGAAGCAGGACAGUGCUGAGCAGUUGCUGCUCUUCAUUUGCAGGGCUGGGCUUCUGGAAACACCAUUCACCUCACAAUACCUCAUGGAAAAUGUUUAUUUAUACAAUGUCAAGAAAAAAGGCCACAAACAGUUUUGACCUGAGGAAAAUACAAGGGCAUUUGAUAAGAAGGAGAAUCUUUGUCACAUAAGGAUGUUUGUUCUUAAGGAUGCUUACAAGACCAGGAUAUUUCCCUCCCAAUAUCACUAUCUCCAUCCCAUUGGAAGAUAAAAUAAGACUUAUUCCAAGUGCAGCUGUCUGCAGACAGCUGAAACUGGAGGAUCUAACUACAUAAAUAAGUUCCUUGGUGAUCAGGACUUGUUUUAUCAGUAACUUGUGGUCACUGCAUGAUAGACCUCAGCGACAGCAUCACCUUGGACAUGCCAUUUCUUGGUUUCUCUCUUGGGAUAUCUUUCUUCCUUAAGUUCCUACAUUUCUUUGAGACAAAACAGUACCUUUUUAGAGGUACUUUAUUCCUGAACUACCUGAGACACCAUCUGGAAACAGUCUUAGUGUGAUACAUGAUCAACUUGCAGUUAAACACACAAAUGUUAAUGUAAGAUUUUUGUGUGUACAAAGUUGUCAGAGAAAAAACAUGACUGUAACAGCUGCAUGUAAAACAUGGUUGGUUUUGCUUACAGUGUUCUAUCAGUAUUUAUCUUGGUUUUUUCAUAGGUUUUUUUCCCUGUGAUCAAGAUGACAGCCGUCCCUGCAUCUCACACUGCUCCUCCAUUAAAUACCUUGUGUCAUUAUACAGCUUAUUUUGAUGAAAUUUGUUUAAACCUCUGCAUGAACAGAGAAUUGCCUUUUUUUUUUUUCUGGCACAUCCUAUGCCUUCAUGACUGAUGCUGAUUAAAAUAUCACAAAUCCUUAUUUUCUCUUCUCAAAAUCACCUGAAAAAAGAAAAGAGUGCUUUUACAUAACUUUAUCCUCCCCUACACAGUCCUGACUUAUUCCUGAAGCACAGGACCCUAUUUGCUGGGCUUUGAGACACUUUAAACAUAAAAGUUAACUUAAAAAUGUAACUAUAACACAGUAUCAACUUAGUGAUUUCAUAGCUUAGAGGUGUGAUACGUAACCCAAAAGUCUGCUGGUAUAAUGUGACAAAAGUGCCUUCCUUUUUGAUGUGGACUGUGACCAGUGUAGACCAACAUUUUCCUGCCUCCACGGAGCUCAUGAGCUGUCAAGCUGCAGAAUAAUCCACCUCACUGGGGGACAGUUCAGUAAACAACACAGAUGAAGUCCUGUGUGUCCUUGGCACCUCCAACUUCAGAUCUCCACAGGAAGCUGCCUUUGGAACAAGGUUUCUUCUCAUGCCAGGUUUCUGACUUGCUCUAGAAUUGCUUUGAAAGGCAAGCUACCUUGUUUACUUUGGCCCAUGGAAUUCCCAUUUUUUCAUGGAAAGAUAACAAGAAAAACCUGUGAAGAGCUGCUGAGCAAGAAGAAAAAGAAUGGCAGCUACUUAAUACGGGAGAGUGAGAGUGUGGAAGGAGCCUUGUGUCUCUGUGUUUUCUUUGAGGACCUCAUCUACACUUAUCGUAUCUUCAGAGAACACCAAGGGUAUUUUAGAAUACAGACUUCUGAAGGUGUUCCAGAGAGGACCUUCAAAACAUUAAAGGACUUAAUAUACGCUUUUGAAAAGCCAAAUCAAGGACUGAUAAUAAACCUCCGCUACCCAGUGAAGAAACCGAAGGCCUUGCAAAGAAGCCAGAGGUCCAAGUCAGAAAUGGACAAUGUUUAUGAUGAAGUUGAUGACAGCGGCGAUUACGUUGAUGUCUUACCCUGAAGGACCUGCGCCUGAUGGUUUCAGAAGCUGCCAUUCCAGGAUGUGCCACGGCAUUCCAGGGCCUCAGCUGGGUGUCCUCUGCUCCAGAUCGGGAAUUUCCUCCUCCUUUUGCAGACUGUCAGAGUAGCUGCAUCUUCAACCAGAAGAUCCAGUAGAAGCUAUUAUGCAUGUUUGCUCAGCAAUAAAAGAAGUACUUUUUGUUGCAGACACACACAUAAGUAUAGGGGAAGGUAUGUGUCUUCUGCUGGUUUUUAGCCAGCAAAUUGUCCAAGAUGUUGACUGCUAGAGUGAACAUUCUGCUGGAACACAGCAAUAUAAAUACAUUAAAUGAAUAUGCAUAAAGCAGUAAUUUAUGGCAGAACUGAUAGGUGUUGAUAAAAACCAUAUAUGACAAAACUAUUAGCAUUUUAAGAUGCUUUAACACCACCAAACUCUGUUAUUUUGCACAUGAUUCAUGUUAUAAAUGAGGCUGGAGGAGUGAAUAGUAUUUCAGCCAUGACAAGGAAUACUAGUAGUCUGUAGCUUGAAUAAUGCAAAUUAAAACAAAAAUGCUGUGUUAAAUCCAUGCCCAAAAAAAACCAAAAAAAAAAAAAAAAAAAAAAAACAGAGGAAAAUGGUUCGAAAUACUUUUAAUACUUUUAAUGUUGAGGAAUGGUUCUGGCAGAUUACAAGAGGACUACAAGUUGUACAUACAUGUCAGCGUGAACACAUCCUUUUUUGAAUAGGUUCUGUACAUAUGGAAAUACUCAAUUUCAUUUUCUACUGCCAUUAGUUCUGUAUUACGUAUAUGUCUUUUGUUGUUUGCUUUUAAUGCAAGAAUUUGCUUUAAUAUUAAUCCCAAUUUUAAAUAUUUAAUAAAUACUUUAGCUUUGAAGGUGGCCUGCAACUAGCAGCCACAGCCAAA